GAAAAGGGUUAAUAUAUAUUUUUUAUACUGAAAUAUAUCAUAACUUUUGAUAAAAUUAGAAAGCUUCGUAGUUUGAUAAUGUACUGAAUUUAUCGAUAUGUUGUAUCUAGACGUGGUAUUUCCGCGGAGCAUUAUUCUAACCUAAUCAUGUGUGCAUGACUGUGCAUGACUUCUACGCCGAGUCGUCUGAUGAAAUAAUCGUGUUUUAAUUUGAUAUUUGAGAAAUAAAAACUUGAUAUUUUUGAAAACAUGUUUAAUUAUACUUAUUUGUAGCUUUUCGGCAAGGGACACAGGCGACUUAGAGGUCUGUAUCCACAGUUCAUUCUUAUAAUGAAAUUAUGCUUUAAAUAUAGAUUUUAGACAAUAUUCCUUAUAUUAAUUAAUAUAAAUGUUUUAAGAUUAUAUAAUAUAGUAAUAAAUUAUAUAGGACACGCGUGCUAUAUCAUUAUAAGAAUCGAAUACGAAUACUGUCGUCUUGCAUUGCUUUCUCUCUUGCUAAAAAAUCACAAUUAUAUAUAUAUAUAAAUAUUGGUUAAUAUUUAUUACAGAUGUCGGAGAACACAGAGCCAGUAUCAGCUUUCUCCAUAUACAAACGUAAAAGCACAGAGCAGCCAUUAAGUCCUAAAAAGAGAAAAAGUAAUCAUUCGCGAGAGAACAAAGCCACCGGUCAGAAAAUUGUUGCGGAGAACGCUGUUAAGGACAUACCAAAAAAGCGACAGAGUAAACAGAAGUGCACUUUGAACGUCACUGUAAAGAACAAAGACGGUGUUGUCACCAAGGCUGGUAACUUAAGAGUCUUCAAGAACAACUUCUUACCUACUGUAAAGAAGGCACAGUUUGUACAGAGAGAAUAUAAAGUCGAUGAGACGCAACAGUUGAAAGAAACGGUUGAGACAGACAGCGUUCAAAGGGUACAUAAAAAAUCAAAAUUAAAAAAGAAGAAAGUGAAAUCGAAGGUAGAAAAGGAAGAGGACAAGAUGAAUUCUGACAACGGAGAAGCCAAAGAAUCACCAACGGAGAACUAUGAGACACAGGGUAAUGACAGUUUGAAUCAUUACAAGGAUAUAGAGUGCGACGAUCCUGAGAACCUUGGCAAUCCCAUCGAGAGCAGCCGAAAGUUGUUCGAGUGGCUGAUCAGUCCCCUAAAAGUGGAAGACUUCUUUGCAGACAAUUGGGAGAGUACACCAGUGCACAUACAGAGGAAGGACCCCAAUUACUACGAGCACCUUAUGUCGACGCCGUUACUGGACCAAGUGCUGCGAGAGCACGAUGUAUUCUUCAACAAGAACAUCGAUGUCACUUCGUACAUCGACGGCGAGAGAGAGACACACAACCCCCCCGGCCGUGCUCUUCCGAGUGUCAUUUGGGAUUAUUACCGAAAUAAGUGUUCCGUGAGGAUGUUGAAUCCUCAGACAUUCAUACCUCAGUUGCACGCGUUAAACGCAUAGUGCGAUGGACAACCGUCUAACUGUAUCCAGC